UCUGGUUAGUUGGUACUGGGUGGUGCUGAGGGUGUUCUGGGCAAGCACUGGCAGAGGGAGCCCCAGCUAGGAUGGUCAGUGUGUGACCAAUGAGCACCUCCGAGAGACAAGACAGUCAUUUCCUCUCAGUUGCCUGCAUCUCUUCUUGAGGGUUUAAAAAGCACAGCUUGGGUGACAGGGACCUCAGGCACCCGUCGUUGGUCACCACAGAACCCAGGAGGAUCCAGGACAUGGACCCCAUAAAGACCAACAGCACUGAAAUCAUCUAUGAGUACGAUGGAACCAUAGAUCCUUACAUACCUGUGGAUGGUACUCCCAGUCCGAGGAAGCCACCUGGGGAUAUUGCAGCCCUUAUCAUCUACUCGGCCGUGUUCCUGGUGGGAGUUCCCGGGAAUGCCCUGGUAGUGUGGGUGACAGCCUUCGAGGCCAGACGUACCAUCAACGCCAUCUGGUUUCUGAAUCUGGCGGUGGCUGACCUCCUCUCAUGCUUGGCACUGCCUAUCCUGUUCACGUCUGUUAUAAACAAUAACUCCUGGUCCUUCGGCGCCAAGGCCUGUAUAGUCCUGCCCUCGCUCAUCCUGCUCAACAUGUACGCCAGUAUCCUGGUGCUGGCUACCAUUAGUGCCGACCGUUUCAUGCUGGUGUUCAACCCCAUCUGGUGUCAGAAGGUCCGCAGGACUGGCCUGGCAUGGAUGGCCUGCGGAGUGGCCUGGGUCUUAGCGUUUCUCCUCACCAUUCCGUCCUUUAUGUUCCGGGUGGUACAUAAGGACCCCUACUCAGAUCACACUCUAUGUGGUACUAACUAUGGUGAGGGUAGAUUCACCAAAGAGAGGGCUAUAGCCAUCCUGAGGCUGAUGGUGGGUUUUGUGUUGCCUCUGCUCACCCUUAACAUCUGCUACACCUUCCUCCUGCGCAGGACCUGGAGUCGAAAGGCCACUCGCUCCACCAAGACGCUCAAAGUGGUAAUGGCUGUGGUCUUCUGUUUCUUUGUCUUCUGGCUGCCCUAUCAGGUGACAGGGGUGAUGUUAGCGUGGCUGCCCCCGUCGUCGCCCACCUUUCAGAAGGUGGAGAAGCUGAAUUCCCUGUGCGUGUCCCUGGCCUACAUCAACUGCUGUGUUAACCCUAUCAUCUAUGUCAUGGCUGGCCAGGGUUUCCAUGGACGACUCCGAAGGUCACUCCCCAGCAUCAUACGAAACGCUCUCUCCGAGGACUCCUUGGGUAGGGACAGCAAGACUCGGUCCACGAUGGACACCUCAACCCAGAAGAGUCAGGCAGUGUAGAGAAGAAGCCACAACUGGCCUAGCCGCUCCUUUCCCAGCUCUCCUCUCUCCCCUUCAUCUUCCUCCCCCUGCCCCUCCUCCUUCCUCCCUUCUCUUUGCAUGUUUAAUUGAUGCGACUCUCUUUAAGUUGCCCUGACUAGCCUUGAGCCCAGGAUCCUCACGAAUGCUGAGAUUACAGGUAUAAAUUCCCUUGAUGAGAAACAUCACAUUAAGAUAGUACUUGGCUUUUUUUUCUAAGGCAGGCCUUGGCUACGUUGCCCACCUGCGGUGGCUGGGCUGAUACACUUAAUGACGACCUCCAGUGGCAGGGUAACAGAGAACAAGGGAAUUUCCUGGCCUUCUUCUUCCUCUCUUCCUCUUCUUUUCCCUCAGGUUUGAUUUUUUGUGUUUGUUUGUUUGUUUGUUCGUUUUGUUUUGUUUUUGAGACAAGGUCUCAUGUAGGCUAGUCUGGCCUUGUACUCCAGAUCCUCCCGUGACCAUCCCCCCAGCAUUGUGGCUGCAUACCUGUGCUGCUGUGCCCGACCUCUCCUUUAUUUCUACAAUUUUGUCUCUUCAAGAAUGGUAUUCAGUGGAACUCAACAUAUCGAAGCUUUGUAAAAACAACUAUGCACAGCUUACUGGAUAAUUUUUUUUUUGAGUUCUCAAUGCAGCUUUUAUUAUCAGAGAGAACCUAAUAGCAGUCCCACUAUAAAAGAUCUUAAUAAAUACUGAUAAAAAUUUAGGGAUUCUUUUUUUUUUUUUUUUUUAGAUAUUUUC